AUGAGCGCGGCGGCGGUGACCAAAACAGAGCGAAGGCCAACUGACAGAGAGUGUCUCCUGCUUCAGAGCACCCUCCUCGCUUUCUCUAAUAGAAUCCCUAACCUAAUCCCGAUACAGUACAUUAACCCAGUCUCAUUUCUCCCUCCUCUUCUGUCUCCUCCCUCUUCUCUCUGGCAGGUGGAGGUGGAAGUAGAGAGUAUGGACAAGGCUGGUAACUUCAUCGGCUGGCUUCACAUCGAGGGGGUCAACCUAUCGGUGGCGCUGGUAGAGAACGCCCUAUCGAAGGUCCACUUCACGGCCGAGCGUAGCUCCUACUACAAGACCCUGGUAUCCGGAGAGGAGGCCUCUCGUCUCAGGAAAGACAAGAUCUGGGCCAACUAUGAGGAGAAGAAGGUGGAGGAGGUGGUGCACGUGAUGGAGGAGAAAGAGCGCACAGCCAACUACAGAGCUGUAUAUGUCACCGAGAUCACGGACACCAUGCACUUCUACACCCAGGACGUGGAGACAGGCACCCAGCUGGAGAACCUGAUGGAGACCAUGAGGGCAGAGAUCGCCGCCCAGCCCCCAGUGGAGGGCUCGUACGCUGCCCGCCGAGGGGACUACUGCAUAGCCAAUUUCUCCGCCGACGGAGAGUGGUACAGAGCCCGGGUGGAGAAAGUUCAAUCACCAGCAAAGGUCCAUGUGUUCUACAUCGACUAUGGAAAUAGGGAGAUAGUGCCGUCCACGCGCCUGGCUGUCAUUCCCCCGGCCUUCAGCACUCGGACCCUGGCUGCACAAGCCACUGAGUACACCUUCGCCUACAUCCAGGUCCCACAAGACGAGGAUGCGCGUGCUGACGUGGUGGACAGCCUGGUGCGGGACAUCCAGAACACCCAGUGUCUCCUCAACGUGGAGCACAGCGGCGUCACCUGCCCCCACGUCACACUGCAGUUCGCCGACUCCAAGGACGACGUGGGCCUCAGCCUGGUCAAGGAGGGCAUGGUCAUGGUGGACGUGCGGAAAGAGAAGCACCUGCAGAAAAUGGUGACGGAGUAUCUCAACGGUCAGGAGUCUGCCAAGACUGCCAGGCUCAACAUCUGGCGCUACGGAGACUUCCGUGACGACGACGCAGACGAGUUUGGCUACAAACUAAAAAAAUGAAAAGCGCACGGCGCCAUUCCAAAGACCAACGCGGAAGACGAGAUGCACUCAUUGGACGAGAAAAAGUGACAGAAAACGAUUCAACGAAAAUAAAACAAAGUAAAGGACAAGCAUUGUCUCUCUCUCUUCCUUUUAUUCCAUGUUCAUCCUCCUGGUCCUCUCUCCUGCUACUCUGCACAUCCCUUCCUCCUCCUCAUCCUCAUCCUCCUGGUCCUCUCUCCUGCUACUCUGCACAUCCCUUCCUCCUCCUCAUCCUCCUCCCUCCGGACUCUGAAAGAGCACGCUAAAGCUAUGAACUCAGUGACUGUCCAAUCCUUCCUCUUCUCCACCCUUCCUGAGCCACUACCAGUUGUUCUUAUCAUGCCCCCCCCCCCCCGCCGCUGCAGAGCUCCGUUAAUUGCCAUGUCAUCCUUUCCUGGUUAGUGAUGUCAUACGCCCACACUAAUCAUGCGCAUCGCUACCUUGCCCUAUCCCUACCACAGCCAAUCCCUCCUAUCCGUUGUACAGGAAAGGGGCUAGGCCUUGAGAAGAGGAUCCAUUCACUUUUAUUAUUAACAGCUUUUUGCAGAGAGAAACGCUUCCUUAAUGAAUGACAGGAAAUGAAUAAUGCUAUGUUUUAUGAAGUUAAUUUUAAAAAGCUAGCUCGAGAUCCACACCAACCGGACGAGCUUAUUUCUGUCCUUGAUGUAUAACUAUGUGAUAUGACAUUUAAUGACGUUUAUGUUGGGAGUGUUUUAUUCUCGUCUUUCUUCUUCUCUCUCUCCCGUGGCCAGAACACCUUGACAAACAGCAUUUUAUCAUCUUCCUCCUCCCUCUUUCUGUAAUGUUUACAUAUGAUGGUGACAUGAUGA